AUGACCCACGCUGAAGAAGAGUCUGUUGUUUACCUUCCUUCCCCCGAUAAUCCUGCCUCUCCUUCCCUACUCUCGCCAUCCUCCUCCUUCUCCUAUCUCGCCGCCUCAGACGAAUCUAGCACUGAAGGCCAGUUCUCCUUCCCUCUGGGAAUCUCGUCCCUCGCCGCUCGCAGCUCACUCAACAUCCUGCGCUGGGCCAGUUCCCAGAGCUUCCAGAGUUUCACGAGCGAGCAGAUAAGGGCACUCGAUACCGUCGAGGGUGUGUCUGCCGACAGCCAAGGUAUCUACCACACACACCACCCUCUCUUCUGGCCUUGA